GCCGCCGCCGCCGCCUCCACGCGCGGCCAUUUCAAACCAAAGAUCCGCUAUAAGAUCUUUGUUUCAAACCGCCGUCUCCACCACGCGCGUCUCCACCGAUUGGGACAAACUAUAUUUAUACAAGAUCAUUAUUGCAGAAUGACCGGUGAAUGUAGUAAAAAAUCUAUUCUCCAAGAUGUUGUGGCAUUUGUGGAUGUGUGGUCUUCAAACAAAACUGAAAAUUAUUCAAAAUCGUUUGUAGAAAACUUGGCUGACAUGGGUGCCACGGUUUUAAAGUACUUCAAUAAACAGGUGACCCAUGUGGUAUUCAAGGAUGGACAUGAAAGUGUGUGGAAGAAGGCCCAGAAAACUGGUGUGAAAUUAGUGUCUGUACUUUGGGUGGAAAGGUGUUUGACAACACAAACCCAUGUUGACGAAUCCUUAUUUCCUGCAAUCAAUGACAGUACACAUUUACCUGAAAAGAGGAGGACUCAUAGAUGCAUGAAACCCAAAGCGUUCAUAGAAAAGACGGUAGAAAAUAGCAAGAGGCUGCAGAAGAAAUUGGAUCAAAUGAUUCGGGACCUAGAUUUAAAAAGAACUGUUGGAGCUGAUCUGAAUUUGCUCUCACUUGAAGAGGAAGCUGCAGGUCUUAUUAACGACAAUGUUGAACCUGUUCCUCUCAAUCGUUUCUGUGGAAUGGAAAAGAGAUUGAAGGAAAUUAAAGAAAAAAGAGAAAACCCAUCCCCUACCGCUUCUCGGAAGUCUCUGUUGACAUUAUCAGCUUCUGCCCUCUCUCCUUGCCAACCAGCUCUUGGGGAACCUCCAUCAGCUAUAGCAAAAGCAUUGUUUGAAGAAGAAUACGAAAUUGAUUACGGAGUUGCAUCAAUCAAUAAAACCUCUGGCAAAUAUGCUCAUGAAAGCAAGGCUCCACUUUCAGCAGAAGCUCAUGAAGGGCAAACGGGUCACCAUUCCAAGCAGGAAUCUUUUCCACGGGGACUGCAUUUGGUGAAAUCACCACAGGAUGAAAACGAAAAAAUCUUACUGCGAAGAGUGAGGAAGUCUAUUUCUAAAACAACACCUCAGUUUCCAAAGAGGCGAAGUUCUCAAACUGCGUUCCAUUGCCAUGAAACGUCAGUUGGCUCAUGUAGUAAGAAAGUGAGCCGCAGUUAUUCUGAGGGAAGUGUGGAAGCUUUGAACUGCGCAGCAGCAGACAUGAGGCUUUGUAAUGCGCAAAGCAACAAGAUCAUACAGUCACCUCUCCCGAUCAGGUCAGCAGCCUCUGAAGAGGAUCACAAUCUCAGGCAAAGCGAUUUUGCAUCUAAUGAACUUUACAAAGAUUUUGCUUCACCCUUGAAAUCAAAUGUUUCCACUGGAGCCAAGAAUCAGUUGAGCUCAAAGAAAAAAGUAAAGUUAUGGAAGGAUGAUUUUAUUUAUUUUAAAUCACCGAGAAACGAUCCAUCGGAAGCGAACAACAUCCCUGAUGAAAAGGACGCUUGCCCCUUCAAAGAGGACCUGUUGGUGUACGAGGACUACUUUUCUCCAGUUAACCUGAAUGGCAAACACAAUCCAAGACGUACACUGGGCGUGCUUCCACCAAAAUCGCCGAGUCCUCCUGGCAUUAUUUUUGGGAGUGGUAAGCUGAAGAGAAAAUUGCCAGGAACCAAUCCACAAAAUUCUGCAGGUAGAACUAAAAAGGCGAGAAGUGCAACAAAUGUCAGUGUCGAAGAGCAAGCUGGUUCUUGUAGCCAACAUGUGAAUGCAGCUCCAUUGACUGGUGAAAAUGUAGCACUUCAGCCAGGUGCUGCUGCAGCUCAAAAAAGGAGACAAUCUCACAUAAAAGAACUGUUUGAAUAUUUUCUUGAUGUAUCGGGUGCACAUACAAACGACGUGCCUGAGAGAAAAGAGCUGUGCCAACAUCGUGAAGAGAAAAGGCUGAACUCACUUCAGGGUAACUCUACUGUGACUUGCCUUCCGAAACACUCUGGCUUAAAACCACCAAAUUUACACCACGAAACGCAAGCCUGUUCGGUGAUUUCCGUGCUUUUACCCUGUAACCAAACAAAUGAGAGAGAGAACGAGAACGAAGUGGAGUGCCAUCAAGAGGACAAUUUGGCCAAGGACAUAUUAAAAUUGCAAAGCGUUGACAGUGACUUGGAUGGCAACCCUCAGAGUGGACCCAGCCAAAGCAGUCCUUCAGGAUUGAGGAUGAAAUGUUCCCAUGAAGAGAAAUGCAAUUUACUGUAAUUGAAGUAGCAAAUACAACCAAUGAAUGCAAAAGGAAGAACGUGAAUGUGAGUGCAAUUUAUUAAUGACUUAUUAAUGAACAAAGUUCUUUGAGCAAAGGUUAUGUCAGAAGUAGUUUUCAGUUGAGUUUUGGUUUUCAGUGGAGGAGAUCUAGCUUUCUGCAGCAUACAAUACUUUGUUGGUCGAGACUUCCCCCAAUAGGCAAAUUAUGUCUUGCUCUAAUCUUUAUUUAAUCAUUGGAUGAGUAUACCCUCCAUGUUCAGAGAUUCUGCCUGACCCCCUGAGUUAUAGUCAUACAGUGUUGAAACGCCUUUCAGCCCAAC